GCUUGGUUAAUAAGAUAUAUAUAUUAUAUAGCUACCUUUAAGACAUAUCGGAUGCCUUUUCUCGGUAGCCUUUACCGAGCAAACUGGAGGAAUAUUUGGAGAAACAGUCAGAAGUUAUUACACCAAGCUAGAUAUUGGUUAGCUACUCUGCCAUGGAUAGCGGGCUCUUAAAAUUUGAGUACUGCAAAUAAACGGUAGUUUUAUGUGCUUGCUAAGUUUUUCUUUUUGCGCAAUUUGUGAAGACAGGUGCUUAGAUCUACUAGAAUACUACUUUUGAGCACAGUUGCAUGUUGAACGCCUAUCACUGUUUGAGGUGUUAGCAUUGCGUGAGACUCCUUUCAAGAGAAAUAUAAAACUUUUGGUUUCUAUUCAAUAACGAAACAAUUUCGAUUCUUCUGUUUGGCAGCCUAAGGACAUGACGUUAGCUAGAGAGCUGAGGGAAGUUAAUUUUGUGAAAAACCAUAUAGAGAAAGCAGUGCUGGGAUAAAAAUAAUUCAGAGAAAUUUUCAAGACGUUUAUUCAAACUGAAUUUUGAACCUGGCUAAAAAAAAAAGAAAAAGAAACAAAAAACACAUGUAACGUUUUUGUUAAAAUCGUAUCGCCAUUGUGGUCCUCUGUCAUGUUAUUGAGAUGACUAUGAAACUGGUGUCAGUAUUAUUACUCGGAAGCCUUAAAUUAAAACCAGUAGAGCCUGCCUUUAUUAGACCUGAACAAUAAAGAUUAAAUUGUAAAUUGUAGUCUGGUUGAAAUUAUUUUAAUGGACAAAGGAGUCUGUUUAGUAGCGCAAUACAUGUUCUUCUAUUUGUCAAUCAGCCUUUAUUUAUCUGUCAAUCAGUUCUUUGGCAGAUGGCAUCUUAGCAUCUUAAGUCGUCCACACUAGCGAUAUUUGCAUAAGAUUAAAACAAGCGUCGUAACAACGGAUUCAAGGCUUGGUGUGCGGCGUAUUUCAGAGUGACUACUCUUUAUAGGUGUUACUGAUAGCGGAGACUUGCAGGUGCAUCCGGUCCGGUCCGUCAGGCAACGUGGCAUCAACCUAUCACGGCCGUCUCAAGUUGCAGGCAUAUCACAGUUUUUCUUGCAGUUUGUCAUUUAUUCAGUUUAUCAUUCUUUUUAAUGUUAAGAAUUUCAAAGUACAUUUCAGUAUUCGGCUAGAGCCAUCUUGAUAGCGCUAUACUGCUUAAUGUCUGCUGCGCUGUAAAUUUAAGCCAUGGGAAUAUUACUGUUAUUCUCUCAAUGUACCUUUUUUCGAUACAUAACUGGAAAGCUUUUUCUUAGGAUUUAAGCAUUCAAAGAAAAAAAAUCAGGCUUCAUUUCUCUGGUUUUGUCAAUGCCAUCGUCGCAAUAAUAGAUGUUCGAGUCUAGCCAAGUGCACAUGUCUCCAGUUUCUUUUGCUCACGCAAUGAUGGGGGCUUCUGCGAAUCACAUUUUGGCAUCUUGCACCAAACAACAGUCAAGACUUUGUACUGAAUCUUUGUACGCCGGAUCAAAGAUAUCUCGAUUCCAUUGCAUGAAGUUUUUUCAGGUAAUAACGACUCCAGUUACAACUGAAUCUGCCAUGAAUGUGUGGGGGAUUGUUUGUAAUCCGCUGAAACGAAGUCAUGCAAAGGCAACGCCUUGAAUAGCGAAAAAAAUAUUUAUCUGAUGCAAGUUUUAACUGUCAAUAAUGAUGACUAUGGACCGCAUCGCACUCGAUCGUCGAAUUUAAAAUGGUCCGGUCCUGGGUGGAUUCUUCGCCCUAAGAACUCUGGGUGGAUUCUUCGCCCUAAGAACUCUGGGUGGAUUCUUCGCCCUAAGAACUCUGGGUGGAUUCUUCGCCCUAACUCGUAAGAAAUAAAUUGAACAUCCUUCCUCGAGUUGAACACAGUUUUAAGAACGAUUAGAGGUGUAUGCAAUGGGCUAAAGUGCCUCAAAAAGAGCUAAAAAUGUGUCAGAUAUCAUGAAAUAUGGGCAAUUUGCUGUAUUUUGGCUGGAUGAUAAUUAGAAUCAGAAAAGGACAUUUAGCUAAUUGCCUAUCGAUCGGACGUAUUAGAGACUGUCAGCUGUCAACUAUUUAUUUGAUGGAAAUAUGCUUAUAGGAAAAAAUAUAAAAAAAAAUCACCCAUAUGUCUUCCUGUUACAACUGCAAUUUUGUCGCUUUUCAUUUCUUUUUAGAACUAAGCGAUGGAGGAUUUAGAAACACUACCAAAGCGGAGGAAGCUGAACGAGCCUGGGGAUGUAUCUUGUGGUCUCGGUGGAAAUGGUGCUCCUUCGCUGGUGAGCGAGACUAAAGUUGAAAACGUAAAUGCCGGCCAAAAGCCAGGACAUGACGAUAAAAUGACAUGGAACUUUAAGCGUAUUGACCCUGAAUUACCAAAAUGCAGUGAAAAGAUUGUUGAAAGCACAGGAACAGCAGACAGAAAGGAAAGCGAUGGCACGAACGCACCCCAUCAGGAAAAUGCCCUGACUUUGUCCAAGAUGGAAUUAAGGGAAAAUACACAAGCUCCCAAGAGGAGACUGAAAAUAGUGCAUGCCCACAACACGCAAGAAAGAAGCAGUGGAAACACCUUAGACAGCCCGAUAGCCGCAGAGCAAUAUUUCCACGAGGGUUUGUUUUCUGGUCCUCUCACGGAAGAGAACAUGCGUGAUGUUAUCAAGAAACUGAUUAAAGAUCACACGAGGGAAGCACUUAACAACGCUGAAAUUUUACGGGAUAAAAUAUCCGCAUUAGAGACUGAAAACAAGAGGUUAAAACACAGGGUCGUGGUCUUAUUCAGAGCACUCAAGGAAGUAGUUUGCCGGCAGAGGACACAAGAGGUUCUUCCGACCACUGCCCAGACAACUUCGAUGCAGAAGAAACCUCACGUGAAACCAAAGAAUAUUGGAUUGGUACAAGCAUUACCCGCAGACGCAUGCGCACCGUCUCUAUCUCCCACUCAUAAUUUCUGUAAAAAAGAUAUAAUUAAAACUCGUGAGUUGUCCAACGAUGUUAUAAGCUAUGAUUCUCUGACCUCUGUUACUGAUGGAGCUGGUUCAUUCCAUCAAAGGGUAAAAUCAACUACUACAACUGUUGUUACUGGACUUCAUCAACUGGCAUCACGUGAUGCCACAUCUCCUCGAAUUCCUAACAGAAUACCAAAUACCCACACUUCCUCCUUGGGUGGCUUAGCUCUGAAUUUCCCCACGAUGUCCAUCUGCGAAGAGAAGGCGGUUUCUUUAGGCCAUCUACCAGCGAUCUCAACGACGUCUUGCGCAAAUCGAAUUAAACAUUCACUUGAGACCGUGGCCAAUAAAGGAUGUUGUACAGUUACAACUUUUUCAACCAAAGCGGUUAUGGUAUCUUCUUGUAAUGAUAGCACCAAGGCCAUUAAGAAUACCGUGCCCCUUCUCUCUCAUAUUGUAAAUGAAGCGGUGCCAAUCACUGUGACACCGAUGCAAGACCAGCCUCACAUUAUAAGAGGACUUCAGAUUCCCAAAGAAUCGAACAACUUAGAAGAGUCUCAGCUUUGCAGUAAAGCAGGAAUAGACCAAGUUUUCCCCACGGUUUUCACCCACAGUGGAAGUAGACUAACUUCUCCUCUCCUUGAACAAACGACGAAAUCAGAUUCUUGUAACGAGUGCUCCCCUCAGAGGCACGGGGUGAGGUUAGUUAAUCAGCAGUUUAAAGAUACGAAGAGAUCCGAAGCAGAGAGCAAACAGGGGGACGAGUGGAAAAAUACCUGGAACACAAAAAUCGAUGGAUUAAAGGAGAUAUCGGGUCCCUUUAAUGGGCUGCAUAAAAACAAUUUCUUUCCAGGAAACCUUCCCCGUGUUUCUCAAGAAUGCUGUAAGAGUGAUCUGUGUACCGAGUCCCCAAAAACUGGUUGCAACACUUCACAGCAGCUUCCUUCAACGGAUUCUAAAUUUCCAUUUGUAGUGGCCAUUCCCAUUUCCAUCCCUGGUUUUGAUGACAGAAAAAGCAUACCAGUUAAAGAUGCUGCGUCAGGAAAUACAAUUUCUCCUCCAAAGCUUAGCGAGGUAACAUCCACUUCAGUCUUCAUCCCGACACCUCACAGGAUAUUACCUAACGGCAGUAUUGAGGUUAAAAGGCCAAAUCCAAGUUGGUAUUUCGUUAAUCACGACAGAGUAAACAACGAAAAGAGAGCACUGCAUCAAAUUCCAUAUAUAUUGGAAACGCCAAGCUCAAAACUCCAACAAGACUUACCGUCAAAAAGUUCAGCUGCUGUAUCUAAUCCCUAUUGCAGAAGAAGUACUCAUGGACAAGUGUUCUUUAACAGAAUAGUAGGAGCUGAUGGUACAAAAACGGUUUCAAGUCCUUUAAAGUUAUCAUCCCACGAGGAAGAGAAAUAUAACUCAGGCAUUAUUUUGCCAAAGUACGAAAAUGGAAUACGUAACUCUUCCCGAAGCGACCAACGCACGUUUCCCCACCUGGAGAGAGCUGCCAUUUCCCAAGUUACUGAGAGUUUCCCUAAUAAAAUGUUGACUGUAUUCACGUCGGUAAAUACAAGUAAAGCCCAAGAAGCGCUUUCUUCAACUAACCCAGGCAAUGUUCACAACUUGCUUUCUUCUGGCAAAACCUACAAUGGUCGAGAGUGCGACCAGCACACGAGAAAGCCAUCCGAAAGCUCCCCUGGCAUCCGUUACCAUGUUCCUUUCAAACCGACGUUCUUUCCUUAUUCAACGAAAGGUACAAAAGCAGAACAACAAGUUCCUUUGAUGGGGUUUAAUGAGAGAUUCGCUCUACCAGUGACCGAACUGCAGGCGCCAAAUCCACAUGUUCUGGCUCAGAUACCACAGUUUCUGAAUGCCGAGGCAAAGUUCGCCAGGAAUCAGUAUUCUAUCUCACCAAUGAGGCAGCAAAUCGAGACAAUGCAACGUAGCGGUAGAGAGUCGAUCUCAGAUCCAGCGAGACUCUUCUCUUUGCCUGAGAAUUCAUCUAGAAGCGAAAAAUGUACAGAUAAUUGCUUCGGCGGUACUAGGAUGCCCCCUAGUUUUGACAAGGAGCGUCUUCUGUUGCAGCUUCUUGAGUCCAGUCGAGCAUCGUUCAUUCCACAGCGUGCACCAAGGACGUGUAAAAAGGUUUUAUCUACUGACAAGCAAGACUUAUUUAGUUCUCAAUCAGAGAAUCCAGUUCCACAGUCAAGCUAUAACUCUGAAAUAAGUAAUCGUUACGUUCAUCUCCAGCCCCAAAACCAUAUUGAGGAUAGAUUAAAAAAGCUUGCAAGACCGUCGUUAUUGGAUAGCAGUAAAGGAAAAACAGAGAGUGCUGUCCUACCUGGUAACCCUUCUUCAGACGUAGAAGGUUUCAAAGAGAGAUCAUGGUAAACAAACUGUUCCAAAGCAGCUCAGUUGGAAAUAUCCAGUUCAUGCCAACGAUACCUCAAUCAGCUCAAAAAUUCUACUGGACUUCCAACUGUAUGUCAUCAAAAUACUGUCAACUCAAAUGCUAAACCUACACCGCAUUUAGAAAGUUGGGAAAUAAAUAUGAAUGAGAGUUUGCGUGCUUUCUCAUUUCCAUCUCCAGGUAGUCUAAUGACGCCAAAAACGAGUCAACAACAUGAGACUUGCAGUGAGCAGCAAGUGAAUCUUAAAUCACCAAAUGUACAGAAGAGUAGAGAGAACGACAAUCAUAAACUUCAGAAACCUCUCUGCGUCUUCAAUCACGACAAAAAAUUCAUCAGUCCGCACCAGCAACAAGUAAGAGUCUGUGAACAACAGCAAUUUCCUCACAUUAAAAACUCGUCAGUAACUAAAGAACAAACUCAACAUCCGAAGCAAAGCUACCUGUAGAGAGCCGUCAUUAAGGUAAAGAUGCAAGCAGUAAGUUGCAAACGCAUGUACCACGCCUACUAAAAUAAGCGCGUAAAAUACUCAUGAACGGAAGGACGAUGAAUUUGAGAUCGCAUUGGUUUUUCUCUUUCGAUUUUGCGCCCAGUUCACACCACAGUGGCGAUUUUGGGUCCAAAAAACGGCUUUUAUUGAAAUUGAUACCAAAGUUCAGCGGCCGUAGUAGUAUUUUGUUUUUCCAAUCCAUUCUAACUGCUAAAGGCAGUGAAAUUAUUGAAAACAUCACUAAAAUAAUGGUGAGAAUAAAAACGUUUUUUGUAAAGGCUUAGCACAAGGGUCCGAUAACAGAGUUAAACGAAACUAUCGUUAGAGUUCUUUUUAGUGUCCCAGAGAAUUGCCUUUGUAUGGAAUAAAACCCUAAGUGGAAAGUAUGUUAGGAUAGUUAGGAAAAAAAAGAGUUUGUAGAUCUAUUAGAAUGGCGUUUUCACCAAUUUUCUAAUUUUGAACGAGUAUUUUUAACAAAACAGACAUGUUAUGAGGUACUUCCCUUGAGGAUAAAGUAUCACCUUAGAGAAAUGCUUCUGAAAAUCGAUUUAACAUUAACUGGAAAUACAUUUUUUUAAUAUUAUACUAUUUGCCCUGCAGAGGUCGUAAUCAAGUGAGAGUGUGUCAGACUAAUCCUUCAAGAUUAUUAUAAUUAAACGUGUUUUGUUGAUGGAGUAUUGUCUUACUACCGGCUUAUUAGGUCUAAAACUUUUGUAUGAAUAGAAUGGAUGAAUGGGAUAAGUAGGAGGGGAAUGAAGGAUAGUCGGAGCGCAGAAUCUGAAGGUCUGAAUUUUGAUUCCUCGUGGUGACUUAGAUUUUCUCUUUGUCCUACGCACGUGACAAGCGAAAAAGCAUAUUUCUUUGUAACAUUCGAACACUUUAUUGUCAAGAACAAAGUUUCCAUUGA